CAAAGAAAGAUGGAAAGUACAGAAACAAAUCGUGUUCCUUUCCGGUGAGGUUAUAUAUGUGACUGUCACGGACAAGGCAGCCGUGGUCGAUUCCUUGGUGCAGAACAUCCGUUCCAUGUACAACGGACAGCAAGUGAUCGUGGGGCUGGACUCUGAAUGGAAGCCUAACCAAUUUCCUUUCAUGUCCAACAAAACAGCUGUUCUGCAACUCUGCGUUGCAAGAGAUGCGGAAAAGCUGAGGAUUGAAUAUGGACUCCACUGUUCCAAUGUACCUGAUGUUCGAGAAAUAACAAUGAAACGUUGGCCAAGUAUGUUUUACAGUAAACCUGGGCUCAAAGACAUUGCUAAUCUGGGUCUGGGGCUUCACAUGCCAAAGCCGGUGGAUGUUUGCAGGAGCGUUUGGCAGUCUAGAGUUCUUGAUGAUCCAGUAUCCAUGCAUUGAUGCUUAUGCUUCUUACAACAUUGGGGAGAGGUUGCUCAACGGAAUAUAAUGAAUGAAGGUUUCAUUUGGUGGUCGUCCUUUAGCCAUGGAGUUUGUCUAAUUUCUGUUUUUAGUUCUGUCUGUUAGAUACAUUUGUCCUUUAUAUUUUGAAAUGUUGCUUGGUUUUGAUGAAAUAAUACUGCUAUGUUUUA